ACAGAGUUCUGGGCGGGGCCGUACAUAACCCGGAUGUGAUUCCCCACGUGCGGUAUUCUCCGUUAGAUCACUCGUGCAGCGCGUGCGGCAGAUCGCAGCGGUUCCCUGUCAGAGAUGUUUCGUUUAGCGACAGUCAUGAGGCAGGUGAGGCCCGUGAGCCGGGCGCUGGCCCCUCAUCUCACACGGGCCUACGCCAAGGACGUGAAGUUCGGGGCGGACGCUCGGGCGCUCAUGCUGCAGGGGGUGGACCUGUUGGCGGAUGCUGUGGCCGUCACCAUGGGCCCAAAGGGACGCACUGUCAUCAUCGAGCAGAGCUGGGGCAGCCCCAAGGUCACCAAGGACGGCGUGACGGUGGCCAAGAGCAUCGAUCUGAAGGACAAGUACAAGAACAUCGGUGCCAGGCUGGUGCAGGAUGUGGCAAACAACACCAACGAGGAGGCUGGCGAUGGCACCACCACCGCCACGGUGCUGGCCAGAGCCAUCGCCAAGGAGGGCUUCGACAACAUCAGCAAAGGUGCAAACCCUGUGGAGAUCCGCCGCGGCGUCAUGAUGGCGGUGGAGGCGGUCAUCGGCGAGCUGCAGAGACUCUCCAAGCCCGUCACCACCCCAGAGGAGAUCGCACAGGUCGCAACCAUCUCAGCCAAUGGAGACACGGAGAUCGGAAACAUCAUCUCCAACGCAAUGAAGAAAGUGGGCCGCAAAGGAGUCAUCACCGUGAAGGACGGGAAAACGCUGCAGGACGAGCUGGAGAUCAUCGAGGGCAUGAAGUUUGACCGCGGUUACAUCUCUCCCUACUUCAUCAACACCGCCAAAGGUCAGAAGUGUGAGUUCCAGGACGCCUACCUGCUGCUGAGCGAGAAGAAGAUCUCCAGCGUGCAGAGCAUCGUUCCCGCUCUGGAAAUCGCCAACCAGCACCGUAAGCCGCUGGUGAUCGUGGCGGAGGACGUGGACGGGGAGGCGCUGAGCACCCUGGUCCUAAACAGGCUAAAGGUGGGGCUUCAGGUGGUUGCGGUCAAAGCUCCAGGCUUCGGGGACAACAGGAAAAACCAGCUGAAGGACAUGGCUGUGGCCACCGGGGGCACUGUGUUUGGGGACGAGGCCCUGGGUCUAGCCCUGGAGGACAUCCAGGCUCAUGACUUUGGGAAGGUGGGGGAAGUCCAGAUCACCAAAGACGACACCCUGCUGCUGAGGGGCGGGGGCAACCCGGCUGAUGUGGAGAAGCGGGCGGCGGAGAUCGCCGAGCAGCUGGAGAGCACCACCAGCGACUACGAGAAGGAAAAGCUGAACGAGAGGCUGGCCAAGCUGUCGGACGGCGUGGCCGUGCUGAAGGUGGGAGGAACAUCAGAUGUAGAAGUGAACGAGAAAAAGGACCGGGUGACGGACGCUCUCAACGCCACCCGGGCAGCAGUGGAGGAAGGGAUCGUCCCUGGGGGGGGCUGUGCCCUGCUGCGCUGCAUCCCCUUCCUGGACACUCUCAAAGCGGCCAACAGCGACCAGAAGAUCGGCGUGGACAUCAUCAGGCGGUCCCUCCGGAUUCCCGCCAUGACCAUCGCCAAGAACGCCGGCGUGGACGGGUCCCUGGUGGUGGAGAGAAUCCUGCAGGGGGGCGCGGAGUUGGGCUACGAUGCCAUGCAGGGGGAGUACGUGAACAUGGUGGAGAAGGGCAUCAUCGACCCCACCAAGGUGGUGAGGACCGCCCUCAUGGACGCGGCGGGGGUGGCGUCUCUACUGUCCACCGCCGAGGCCGUGGUCACAGAGCUCCCCAAGGAGGAGAAGGAGAUGCCAGGAGGCAUGGGGGGAAUGGGAGGCAUGGGGGGCAUGGGGGGAGGCAUGGGUUUCUGAGGCCGCCCUCCUGAGUUUGUACAGACUGAAUCGCUGGGGGGGGGUCCUCUUCCAACAAACUCAUCAGUCUCAGAGGACCGAGAACUGACACCCCACCCCCCACCCCCACAGAAAGGAUGGACCCAAACGGGGUAGUCUCAAGAUACAGGUUUGUCUCGGGGGAGGGGGGUAAGUGGACAGAUGUCCCCCCAGCAUAUGUGAAGGGGGGAUUUGGGAAGUCGGGGUCCUUGGGAUGUGAUCCUGAGUCUGGGAUGAUCCUUGGAGCCGGGGGUGGGGGGUGGGGGGGUGUUUGUUGUAGGUUUCCGUCUUUAAUGAUUUAAGUAAAGCUUUUUUUUACCAAGCAUUUCCUGUCAUUUCUGAUCUGUGAUGUUCAGCAGAAGCUUGAAUGUUUGAAUACUCAUCAGUAUAUGUACUAAUAAAGCGAGCAGCCAGCAGGUGGCGCUGUUGUUCCUAGCUCA